UUACCAAUACAUCUUCUGAUAAUUUGAUUGAAAUGGUUAAAAAAACGUGAAUUGUUUCAUGGGUGUAACUAAGUACCUGUGGCCGUGGCCAUUCGAGAAAUGGAAUAAAAAAGUUCACUGACAGAAAGCAAUUUAUUUAAGUGCAAUCCAAAACUGUUCAGCACCUCUGAAAUAUCCCGCCCAAGCGGAAUACGUCGAUCGUAUGAUAUAUACUCCCUGAGUACCCAAAGUCAGGAUCACUUUGACUGUCAGACACAGAACCUGCAUAAAAUAGUCAACGUAUCUACUCUUAUACCUCACUAAACAUGGAAGAACUUGACAAAAACCAGCUGACUCUUCUGAAGAAUGCCUUCGACGCUUUCGACCACGAGAAGAAAGGAGUCAUAAGCACAGACAUGAUUGGCACCAUUCUGGAGAUGUUAGGACACGAAAUAGAUGACGAUUCCUUGAAAGAAAUCAUAGCAGAGGUUGACGAGGACGGUUCGGGCGAGUUGGAGUUCAACGAGUUCUGCAAGCUCGCAGCGCAGUUCCUCACAGAAGAGGAGGAGCCUGACAGUGAGGCCAUGACGGCCGAGCUCAGAGAGGCCUUCAGAUUAUACGAUAAAGAAGGUAACGGCUACAUCACGACAGAUGUGCUGCGUGAGAUCUUCAUGGAGCUGGACAGCUCGAUCCCAAAAGAUGACCUGGACGCCAUGAUUGAGGACAUCGACUCUGACGGUUCGGGUACAGUGGACUUUGAGGAAUUCCUUGAAGUCAUGACUGGUGAAUAAACUUCAACAUUCUAGUUUCUAUUUUAAGUCGACUAAUUAUACAAUUUCCUUUAUCCUAUGUUAGUAUUAUUUAGGUAUAAUUAUGUUAAGCUAAGCAAAGUGAUAUUUAGAUUAAGUUACAACCAAAAUUCAAUUGAGAAACGUCUAAAGCAUCUUUAACAAAUGUCUAGACACUAAGACAAAUUGAAUUUUGAUUAAAUCUAUUGUAUUUUGUAAAUAUUCUACUGAUAAUGUACAAACACUGCUCGCAGAGGAUCCUUGUUUUAAUAAAUAAUUAAUUGCAAAUAA